CGGCCCACUCCCCGGAACCGGCGGCUGAGCUGCCGCCGCCUGCAGUGGAACGGCGACGGCGCCGCGGAGCCGCCGGCAUGAGCACCCCCCGCCGCCCCGCGUCCCCGGCCCGGCCCUUCUGACAAGAGGUGUGAGAGGAUUGCUGUUUUACUGCAAUCAUGGUGCAAAAAUACCAGUCACCAGUGAGGGUGUAUAAACACCCCUUUGAAUUAAUUAUGGCUGCCUAUGAAAGGAGGUUCCCUACGUGUCCUUUGAUUCCGAUGUUUGUGGACAGUGACACUGUGAAUGAAUUCAAGAGUGAAGAUGGGGCUGUUCAUGUUAUAGAAAGGCGCUGCAAACUGGAUAUAGAUGCCCCUAGACUGUUGAAAAAGAUUGCAGGAGUCGAUUAUGUUUAUUUUAUCCAGAAAAACUCACUGAAUUCUCAGGAACGUACUUUGCACAUUGAGGCCCGUAAUGAAACGUUUCCUAACCGUGUCAUCAUCAACGAGUACUGCUGCUACAGCGUUCACCCUGAAAAUGAAGAUUGGACCUGUUUUGAACAGUCUGCAAGUUUAGAUAUUAAAUCUUUCUUUGGUUUUGAAAGUACAGUGGAAAAAAUUGCAAUGAAACAGUAUACCAGCAACAUUAAAAAAGGAAAAGAGAUCAUUGAGUACUACCUUCGUCAGCUAGAAGAAGAAGGCAUCACGUUUGUGCCCCGCUGGACUCCACCUUCCCUUGCACCCUCUUCAGAGAUGUCCUCAUCCUGCAAGAAACCAGCAGCGCCGUUGGCUGUAGUGGUCCCAGACCCUGCGCUAAAGGAAGGGCUGAGCAGCGAGCCCCUCAGCACCCCGAGUGGGGUGCCCGAGCCCGCGGCUGGGACCCCUGACGACAAACUAGACGCAGACUACAUCAAGAGAUACCUGGGUGACCUGACUCCACUGCAGGAGAGCUGCCUGAUCCGGCUUCGCCAGUGGCUCCAGGAGACCCACAAGGGCAAAAUCCCGAAAGAUGAGCAUAUUCUCCGGUUCUUGCGCGCCCGGGACUUCAACAUAGACAAAGCCAGAGAGACCCUGUGUCAGUCUCUGACCUGGCGAAAGCAGCACCAGGUGGACUACAUCCUCGACACCUGGCAGCCUCCCCAGGUCCUUCAGGACUACUACGCGGGAGGCUGGCACCAUCACGACAAAGACGGGCGGCCCCUCUACGUGCUCAGGCUGGGGCAGAUGGACACCAAAGGCUUGGUGAGAGCCCUCGGCGAGGAGGCCCUGCUGAGAUACGUUCUCUCCAUAAAUGAAGAAGGGCUAAGACGGUGUGAAGAAAAUACAAAAGUCUUCGGCCGGCCUAUCAGUUCGUGGACCUGCCUGGUGGACCUGGAAGGGCUGAACAUGCGCCACCUUUGGAGGCCGGGCGUGAAGGCCCUGCUGCGCAUCAUCGAGGUGGUGGAGGCCAACUACCCCGAGACGCUGGGCCGCCUUCUGAUCCUGCGUGCCCCCAGGGUGUUUCCUGUCCUCUGGACUCUGGUUAGUCCAUUCAUUGAUGACAACACCAGAAGGAAAUUCCUUAUUUAUGCAGGAAAUGACUACCAGGGUCCUGGAGGCCUGCUGGAUUACAUCGAUAAAGAGAUUAUUCCAGACUUCCUGAGUGGAGAGUGCAUGUGUGAAGUGCCGGAGGGGGGCCUGGUGCCCAAGUCCCUGUACAGGACCGCGGAGGAGCUGGAGAACGAAGACCUCAAGCUCUGGACCGAAACCAUCUACCAGUCCGCGAGCGUUUUCAAAGGGGCCCCGCACGAGAUUCUCAUUCAGAUUGUGGAUGCCUCUUCGGUGAUCACUUGGGAUUUUGAUGUGUGCAAAGGGGACAUCGUCUUUAACAUCUAUCACUCCAAGAGGUCGCCGCAGCCACCCAAAAAGGACUCCCUGGGGGCGCACAGCAUCACCUCCCCAGGAGGGAACAACGUGCAGCUGAUAGACAGAAUCUGGCAGCUGGGCCGGGACUACAGCAUGGUGGAGUCGCCUCUGAUCUGCAAAGAAGGGGAAAGCGUGCAGGGCUCCCACGUGACACGGUGGCCGGGCUUCUACAUCCUGCAGUGGAAGUUCCACAGCAUGCCGGCCUGUGCUGCCACCAGCCUGCCCCGCAUGGACGACAUGCUGGCCUCCCUGCAGGUCUCUUCCCACAAGUGCAAAGUGAUGUACUACACUGAAGUGAUCGGGUCCGAGGACUUCCGAGGCUCCAUGACCAGCCUGGAGUCCAGCCACAGCGGGUUCUCCCAGCUCAGCGCUGCCACCACCUCGUCCAGCCAGUCCCACUCCAGCUCCAUGGUCUCCAGGUAGCACACAGUGCGCAGAGGGGACGGCCCACCGCCUCGGGCCGCUGCCCGCCCGCCCAGCAGCCGCGUUGUGCGGACUCCUCUGGCCCUCUAGGUAGCACGUAGCUCUCCAGGUGGCAAACGUAGUCACUGACCCCGAAACGAUCUCGACAGGUAGUUUUAACUCUAGCUCAAUAGCCAUAGGUUUUGUAUACAGUGUGCACAAAAUCCAACCAGAGCACAAGGGCUCUCUCUUCAAAGAAAAGUAGUUUAUAUACCAAUUAAGAGGUUGACUUUGUCUCAAAUGUUGAUGCAAAAAAUGUUUCCAAGCACCUCCACACCAUCCCUUAGUGGAUGAACUCCCCACCACCUGUCAGAGGUGACCCACCUUCCUCCUCAGAGCAGAAGCUGCCAACCUGUCCCCCGCCCUGCAUCCGGCCCUCACCUCAUCCCUGCCGGUGGUCGACGCGGUCCGAGGAUUCAGUGACUGCCCGCUAGGCUCCUUUUCCUCUGAGCAGACACCGCUUAAUCAGAAGGACUCAGAGGGAGCCUGUGGGCACCCCGGCCCGGCUCCGGGGCAGACGGACCCACUGUUUUAAAGUGGGUCUGGGGGGUCAGGGGCUCUCGCGGGCUCCCCACAAUGCCAGGAAGAACACCGCCAUCAUUAAACAUUAUUUCCUCUU